AUGAGCUCAGUUCAUGCUGUUUCAGUCCUUCUCUUGUUUCUGCUCUUGCAUCUCUCUGAUUCUCGUCACCUCGACAACGUUCACAUCACAGAUUCUCGGUUUUCACUUGACAAGGAUCAAAAUGUUGUCCCCGGUUUGACAUCUAAAGAACCGGUUAGAGUAUCUCGGUUUGUGCCUGGCGUAAAGAAGAACCGCCAUCACCGGCCGCCGCUCUUAUUUGCAGAUUACCCGAAGCCGUCCACUCGGCCUCCACGCCAUAACUGA